UCUAUUAUUUAGAAUUUUCCACACGAAACAUGAUUUCACCACAAAAUAGCUUAUUACUAAUUUUUUUUGUUGUUGUGAAAGCUUAUUACUAAUUUUUCGAUACAACCUACCGUAUGAUUUUACAAUCAAUUCUAAUCUGCCGAAUGCUAAUCGUGGUAACCUCGGGCUGACGAAGGAUAUCUCCUCUUCGCCUAGAGAAAAAAACUUCCCGAGGAGGUCAAAAUCUACAUAAGUUGAAACACCAUUCAGCCGAGGAUAGUUGGUCGUAGAGAAUGAACAAAAAUGUCACGUUAAAUUUCCACCAACCGGAGGCUAUAGCUCUCGGUUCAGCUGAGCCAAUGAGCCUCCAUAUUCCAAAUCUUAAUCCAAUCAAAUGCCACAUAACAUAUCAUACAGAGAGCCGAGCCAAAAAGGCCACCUAGCUCAUCACGCCCUAAUAUUCCUCCCCAAACCGCCGAAUCAAAAACGUUUCGGCUCCAUUGGAUUCACCGUUUCCCUCCCUCGAAAUCACCUCCGGCCGGCCCGGUCCCCCUAAAGCUAGCUUAAACCCUCUCAUCCCCAUAGUUCUUAUCUCCUCCUCCAUCCAUUUCCAUUACCCAUACUUUCCCGCUUUACCUAAUCAUCAUCAGCUUUGCCACAUAUUGGGCCGGUGGAUCCGAAUCCGAAUAUGCCGGGUUCAGCCACGAUCCGAAGAACUUCCUCCACCGAGUCAUUCGUCACCACCGCCCCCGGCAGCCGCCACCUCCCUUCCUCCCACCGCUCCGUCCGCUCCACCGGCUCCCCCUCCGGCAAGUCCCCCUACUGGCAGGCCUGGAGCAACAUCAACAAGCUCGGCACCUUCAUCGUCCGCGGCGGCGCCGGCGGCGGAAGCGGCACUACUAGCGCCAGCAAAGCCGACACCAAUCCGUUGAAUGACGACCCGAACUAUCCGGCCAAGUUGACGGAGGCCAGGCUGGCGGCGCACAACCGCCAGGUGGCCAUCAACAACAACAACAAGUACAGCAGCCCUUACUACAAGGGACUCACUGACUCCUCGCUCGUCAUCAGCAGGGAGCGCCAGCACAGCUUCUACUCUCCUCCCCCCGCCGCCCACGAGGAUGACCGCCACGUGGCGGAGGAUGUCGUGGUGGUGACGUCGGCGGCACAGCUCCCUACUUUCGUCUCCAGGAUGAAGGAGUGGCGCCGCCGCCUCUCCUUCUCUUCCAAGAUGGAGAAUAAUAUGGAAGAGGAGCUCCCUCCACCGGCCUUAGCCCCGCCGGAGAUUGAGAGGGACGCUUGGACCUUUGUUGCGGUUGGCGCAACGGAGGUGAAGCCCAUGAGGGAGAGAUUUGUGGUUCAUGUUGUUGACGAUGAUGCAGCACUGCCGUCAUCAUCGACGUCGACGGUAUUGCCGUCGCCGAGAGGAUUCGUUGCUGUGCGGGAUAGUAGCGACGACGAGAGUGACGAGAGUAGUAGUGGCGAUGAGAAUAUUGUUGGUGGUGGUGGUGGGAAUAAGGUGGCGGCGGGGGUUGAUGAAAGGGAAUUGUUGUUCCGGUGGGCGAAUAAAUAUCGGCCUAGGGCUUUGAAAGACUUCAUCUGCAACCGUGACAAGGCUACUCACCUCCAGUCUAUUAUGGGGGAGGUGAAUUGCAAUCACUUCAUAUUCCAAGGCCCAGCUGGGGUCGGGAAGCGAACCAUGAUAUGGGCUAUGCUCCAAGAAGCUUUUGGGCCCGAGAGAGUCCAGACUAAAGAAGAACGAAUGACAUUUAAUUUAAAGGGGGAAUCGAUUAAGAGCAUAACAGUGAAUGUGAAGGCGUCUAGCCAGCAUGUGGAAGUGAAUGUGUCGGACAUGAAAGGCUAUGAAAAACAUAUCAUCGUGGAACUUAUGAAGGAAUCGCAUCAGAGAGCUGCCGAUAGUACUACUGCUACUACUUCCCCUUCCAAACACGAUAGUUGUCGAGCGAUCAUAUUACACGAGGCAGACAAGCUAUCGGCGGACGGGGUUCUAUACAUAAAAUGGAUGCUGGAAAGGUAUAAAGGGUUUAGCAAGUUCUUCUUCAGCUGCGGCGGCGAUGUCUCCAAGCUCCAGCCCAUCAGGAGGCUCUGCACUUUUGUUCAGCUUUUCCCACCAUCCCACCAAGAGAUUGUUGAAGUCCUGGAGUUUAUAGCAAAGGGAGAAGGGAUAGAGUUGCCCCAUAAAUUGGCUGCUAGGAUAGCCGGAAACUCUAGCAAUAAUCUCCGCCAAGCCAUCCGCUCUUUCGAGGCAUGCUGGCGUAAGAGUUACCCGUUCAGCGAGGACCAAGUGAUAUUAACAGGAUGGGAGGACGAUAUUGCAAACAUUGCUAAGAACAUCAUCCAGGAACAAAGCCCUAAACAGUUGUACAUCAUUCGUGGGAAGCUUCAGAAUCUGAUAGAGCACGAUGUAUCUCCUGAAUUCAUCUUCAUGUCGCUGAAGGAGGAACUGAAAAGCCGACUGCACGAAUCAUUUACGAGCCAAGUCGACAAUUUAUACAAAGAUUACAACAGGAAUAACAGCGGCGGCAAAAUAGACUGUGCAAACCAAUUCGGAGUUUCUUGGGGUCACCAGCUCGACGAAGUAGGCGGGAAGCAGCGGUGUGAUCCUGCAAGGCUCAGAGUUCAUCAAUUCAUGAGGAUUGAAGAGUUCAUAGCCAAAUUCAUGAGCUGCUACAAGUCAGCCAUGACAAACGGCACCACGGUGUCGAAGGAGAGUAGCGCAUAAUCAUCAAUCAUCAAUGCUGCGUUGAUGAUGAUUGCACAGAGAUGAUAAGAUAAUGUAUGAAGAGAAAAAAACGGAAACAUUAUGUGAAGGAGGCUUCACAAGCGGCUGCACUACUAUAUACUAUUUUCUCAGAUUGCGAAAUCUCUUUCUCCGAAAUAUUUGUAUAUUUUCCUCGUUAUUUUUACGCAAUUUGUAUAUUUUCCCAGUUCGAUUAAGAAAUGGAUGCAUUUCGUGUUGAAGGUAAGUUCAAUAAGAGUGUAUUUUUAUUUUUGAUAAGUAAGAACACGGUCUACUGCAGUAAAAUCGAAUUUUUAUCUCGUAUGUGGUUCCGAUUGUCAUAUUAAUCAAUAUGAGAGGUAUAGAAAAUACAAAUUAUUUGCUUUUCCCUAAUGAAUGUUAAAUAAAUAA